GCUCCGCCGCUCACACUGCAUCAUACUGUGAGUCAGUCAGGAAGAGUUUUUGGAAUCUGAGACGGUUUCCUGUUAUCAGUGUCACUAAUGGAGGCCUUUUAUUUUCAGGUUGUCCUCCUUAUUGGACUCUGUGUUAGCUCCUCUUUCGCUUUCCCGCCCACACGGUACACCCAAGAUGCUUCAUUCCAGAGCCCUGCGAUCACAGGGAGAUCCAAAAUCAGCCAGCAGCAAAAGUUUCCGGCUGAGGAACGACCGCAAGUGAAUACCAUCAGAGUGACCUGCCAUCCUGACUCUUUGGAGAUUGUUAUAAAAGCCGACAUGUUUGCGGUUGGAGCUCCUGUUAAUGGAGACGAGAUACGCCUUGGAGUAGAGUACAACGACUACUGCAGAGCCACUGCGUCUUCAGGAGAUGAGUACAGCAUCAUUGUCGGACUUAUGCAGUGCGGCACCAGACACUGGGUAACAGAGGACUCUCUGAUCUACACAAACCUGCUCAUAUACUCUCCUGAGCCCUCUCCGUAUGGUGUUGUUCGAAUGGAUGAGGCUGUAAUUCCAAUCGAGUGUCAUUACCAAAGGAAGUACAGUUUGUCCAGUUCUUCCCUCACACCUACCUGGAUCCCCUUCAAAUCUACCCAGGCUGCAGUGGAAAUGUUGGAGUUUAACUUGAGAAUCAUGACAGGUGACUGGCAGUACAAAAGAAGCUCUAAUGUGUUUCAUCUCGGCGAGCCCAUCAGCAUCGAGGCCUCCGUCAGAAUUGGGCAUCACAUGGGGCUCCGAGUGUUUGUGAGCAGCUGCGUGGCUACACUGAACCCCGACAUGCACUCUGUCCCCAGACAUGCCUUCAUUGAAAAUGGGUGCUUGGUUGACUCUCAGCUUCCAGGCUCAAGGUCUCACUUCUUAACCAGGACACAAGAUGACAAGCUCCACAUCUCCAUUGAUGCCUUCAGGUUUUAUAAUGAGGACAGAGGAGAGCUCUAUAUAACAUGUAACCUCAAUGCUGUGCCAAUAAAUGACGCAGAGGCACCAAACAAGGCGUGCACUUUUGUGAAUGGAAGAUGGAGGUCCGCUGAUGGUAAUGACUACUUGUGUGGGCACUGCAAAAGACAAAAUGAGAUUGCGCAAACUCCCAGUAAGCCAAGCAGCCCGAGCAAAUAUGGGCCUCGAGGGUUUGUCAAGCCAGAGGAGCGUGAACCCCUCUGGAGGAGCGGACUGAAGACCAAUACUGUGUGGGAACAGGAUGCCAGAGUGGGCCCGAUGAUGGUCUUGCCAGCCAAGCAGAAAAGCAGGCCGAUACCUGUAGAGGCGCUUCCUUCCACUCUUAAUAAACUCAGCAGAUCUACAAUGUAUGGCAGCCAGUGGAGGAGUGGAAUAAACAGAGUUGAUCCGAGGAAAGGCCUGCUUCCUGAUUCAUCAUCGACUCAACACCAGGUGGCGGUUCCGACUCUAGCUUCUGAGAAUAAAGAGGAAGAAAAAAGUGGAAUGGAUGAAGAAGAUGCUGAGGAAGUUCCUGAACUUCUAGAAAAGGCCUCUCCUGAGACCCACCUGCAGUCAAAGGCAGCAGUGCUGGGCAGUAACGACACGGCAACGCUCGAAGUCCUCCCAGCGACUCCAGUUACUGUGGAUGUGACCUCACUGUCCAACACAACUUCCACAGACUCAAAGGACCCAAAGAGAUAAUAAACCAUUACAACUUUAAA